CAAACAAGCAGAGAGAGAGAGAGAGAGAGAGAGAGAGAGAGAGAGAGAGAGAGAGGGGUAGAGAUGGUUAACUACUGGAAGACGAAGGUCCUUCCAAAGAUCAAGAAGGUCUUUGACCGGAACGGCAAGAAGGCUGCUGCAGCUGAGGCAUGCAAGUCCUUCGAUGAAUCCAAGGAGGAGAUUACCAAGGAGUUGGAGGAGAAGAAGGCAGACCUCCAGCCCAAAGUCGUAGAGAUCUAUGAAGCCUCUGCUGUUGAGAUCAAGACUUUGGUGAAGCAGCCUACAGAGUCGGGACUGAAGAAGAAAUCAGCUGUUGUCAUCAAGUUCAUCGAGGAACUAGUGAAGAUCGAAUUCCCUGGCUCCAAGCCGGUAAGCGAGGCAGCAAGCAAGCAUGGCCCCGCCCUCGUCUCCGGUCCUGUUAUCUUCAUCUUCGAGAAGGUCUCCACCUUGCUCCCCGCCGAAGCCGAACCGGAACCGGAACCGGAACCGGAACUGGAACCGGCCGCCGCCGUCGAGACCACCAGCAAGGAGAUCACUCCCGAGGGCGCGGAGGAGACCAAGAAAGAGGAGGCCGAGAAGGCGGAGGAGGCCCCAGCUCCGCCUGCUCCUGCCGAAGAGGCAGUGACUCCGCCGGAGCCUGCGCCAGAGCCUGCCAAGGCUUGAAGACAGACAGGUUGCCAUAUGAUUCCACGGACCUGUACAGCUGCCGGCACCACCUGCUCUACGUUCACAUCAUUCGCUAUACUUCUUCCUUUUGUUGUACGUAAUCGUUGCUUUGUGAAGGGCUUGCAAGCUGUGCAUAGCAUUAUGAUCAAGCAAUUGCUGUGUGAUUUAUUGGCUUA